GUUUCAGUUCUGAGGCUGCUGAAAGUUGUCAAAGAAACAAACUGCUGCAGUCACUCUGGGACACUGUGGGAUGUGGAAAAAAACAGGCUGAAGGAGGCAGAUUCAGAUUCUCUUCUGUUGCUUGCUUGGUGCUGAAGGAGCUGAAUGUGAACUGCAAACUGCCCAAGAAUAAAACUGAACAGGACUGCUUUUUUAAUAAUAAUAAUAAUAAUAAUAAUAAUAAUAUUAUGGGCAGCCUUCAGUUGGAUGAUUUUGUAGCUGGAUGGGUAGGAGGAGCUGCUGCUGUAAUUGUGGGACAUCCUCUGGACACAGUAAAGACUCGCUUACAAGCUGGACAAGGCUAUGGAAACACAUUUAAAUGUGUUCUCACUGUCUACAGGAAUGAAGCUGUGGCUGGGUUCUUCAAGGGAAUGUCUUUCCCACUAGUUAGCAUUGCUAUCUACAACUCAGUGGUAUUCGGCGUAUUUAGCAAUACCCAAAGGCUCAUUAGCCAACAGCGCUAUGGGAAUUCUCACCAUCCUCCAUCACUUGCGGACUUGGCUCUAGCAAGCAUGGCAGCAGGGGCUGUUUCAGUUGGAAUUGGUGGUCCAGUUGAUCUGGUAAAGAUAAGGCUGCAGAUGCAGACACAAACAUUUAUUGCAGCAGCCAACCUAAACCUGAAGCACAGAGCGGCUGGCUUUUCAGUAGAGACUGCUUACAGAGGUCCAGUUCACUGUGUUGGCAUGAUCCUUCGGCAGGAGGGUUUAGGGGGAUUGUACCGCGGUUCUUCUGCCAUGAUUCUGAGGGAUAUUCCGGGAUAUUGCUUAUACUUCAUCCCUUACACGUUACUUUGUGGAUGGAUCACUCCAGAGGGAUGCCUUUCUCCGAGUCCCUUUUCUGUGUGGAUGGCCGGUGGCAUCGCAGGAGCAAUAUCUUGGGGAACAGCCACUCCUAUGGAUGUUGUCAAGAGUCGCCUUCAAGCUGACGGGGUUUAUUGGAACAAAUACAGAGGAGUCAUUGACUGUAUCUCCCAAAGUUACCACAGUGAAGGUCUAAAAGUCUUUUUCAGGGGCCUUACAGUGAAUGCAGUGCGAGGAUUCCCAAUGAGUGCUGCCAUGUUUCUUGGAUAUGAACUUUCACUCAAAGCUCUAAGAGAACAAGCAGAAGCAAAUCCUUGAAUUCCAGGGAACUUCUGUACUUGACCAUUGCUUUCACUUCCUGAACCAAAUCAACUGCACGGCCUUGAUCAGAAACUUGAUUUUACCAACAUGGAAUAUGAAGUGAAGAAAUUUCAUCAGAAUGUUCUGUUCACGAUGAGUGGUUUUUGAUAUGGUACAUGGACUGAAGAGUUUCGAGGAUGGAUCAGCUGAAUUCUCAUUCAAAUCCUCUCUCUUCUAAAAUGUUUUGUUCUAAAGACAAAAGCAAUUUUAACAUGCACAUGGUUGUCUGGCAAUGAUAAAAAACAUUUAUUGGUGAAGUAAGAGUGCAACGUGUUCUGCUGGGAAACAACCACAGAUGUCACUUUCUAGCACCAUCAGUAAGUAGUUAAUUGUGGUCCUUGAAGAAUCAAAGAAAAUAUAUUCCCAUGUACUCAAACUGUCUUCCUGUUUGUUGCCAUGUGACUAGAUACUUUAUCCAUUGUAAGACAAGAAAGAAUGUAAUAACCUCAUGAAGUUUAAGCAUUUAUGUAGCAAAUUUACACUUGUGAUUCUUUUCCCCCAUCCCAAAUGUGAUAAAUGUGAUACAAUUAUUUGUACUGUCCCAUGAUGUUGCGCUCUCUGACAUUUUAUCUUAUGGAGCAUGGUUCAUUGCACCAAAUGAGAAUCCAAAUGUAAGAUCAAGUAAAUCAGGUGGAAUCACUGUAUAUCUGCCAUCCAUUCGGCAUUGCUGUAGGUAUCUGACUCCUAGUUGGCUCCUUUAGUAAAUGGGUGGCAGAGGAGUAGUGCAUGCAGAAUAAGGCUAGGCUGCUGUUUUCAGAAUUUCCCCUAGUUAGCCCUUCUUAGCCAAGUAAAAACCAGUUUCUCGAUUAGCAGACCUCAGUCUCAGACAUUAUUUCUCAAUUCAGGAUAUAAGAAAUAAAUGAAUGCAUCAGUUUAGUUGUGACAGGUAUCUGAUGAGAAAAUAUAGGAGAGGAUAAAGGUUAUGGGUGCAUCUCGGAGACUAGAGAAUUUGAACAAACAGGAAGGGAUGGUAAAGGAGUAGACGAAAUAAAACUUGCAUGAUCCCUUUGCUUUACCAAAAUAGCUAAGGAACACAGUCUGUAGACAAAUCGGGCAACGUAGUGCUUUUCUUUAACAAUUGGAAUGUUAUCUGCUGCUGCAACUAGAAGACCAGGGAAAAUACUUUGGAUAAAAUAUCACUCUGAAAUAAAAAUUGCUUUACUAUUAGCAGUGCAACACAGCUCCACUGAACCCCAAAUAUACUGUAAAUUGUGAUCUUUGUUUACAUAAGGGGAGUAACUCCCUGUUUAUGUAGUUGGAAGCUUCAGCAGCCUUUGUUAUGGUGGAACACACUAUUCUCUUGGACCACUUGUGUCAAGAAUGGCAGUACAGUAUCUCUGUUCUUUUUGCCCAGUAGGACCCAGAGGGUGCUUAUUGUGGAUUAUUAACACCGUCACCAUGUAACUUAGUAUGAACAUACUGGUUAAGAACAUCUAAUCUGGGACUCACAUAACCUGAUGGAUCCUGUCUUCCUACAUCAUCCCAUGCUACACUUGUGGUUGGGAAAUCUAGCAUUGAUCUUUAUGCUAUCAGUGCACCAGAUUAGGACAGUGAUACCUAUGAACCUGGCACUUACCACUGUUCCCCCUAGCCUAUCCCAUUGAUCCACUUUCCUACUGAGGUGAGGAAAACUUUGCUUGACUGGUUUUGCCAAAGGAAUAGUUUCUUUAUAAUUUCAGUGAAUUCUUAAAUUAUAUUUUAACAGACCUGGGGUGGUUAAUUUUAGUGGGACGCAUUUCGUGUUUUAUGUGAACUGCUUUGUACAUUUAGGAACCAGACUUUAAAGUGUUUUAAUUAAAAAGGAGUUGUAUCCAAUGUGAAUCAUACUAAGACCAGACCCUCUGAAAUUAAUGGGCAAGAUAAACUUAGGUUCAUUCAUUUCAAUGACUCAAGAGUAUAAUUUAGCUUGAUACAACUCAAGGAAUGAAGCCAAAUGUUGGAAGGCUCAGGACAUACAAAAUUAACUACGCAUUGUGUGAAGAAGUAGUUUAACUUAUGGUAUUUUUAAUUUAAAUUGAGAUUAGACAAAUUCAUAAUAUCAAUUGUUACUCGACAUAAUGGCUAUUUUGAGUAUAAUAUCAGAAGCAGCAAUUCCCUGAAUGCCAGAUGUUGGGAGGCACACAACACUCACAUCAUGCCUGUGGGCUUCCCAUAAGCAUCUGGUUGGACACUGUGAGAACAGGAAGCUGGAUCAGUUGUGCCUUUGAGCUUAUCCAGCUGGACUCUUCUGAUAUUCCUCUUCUGAAUUUCUAGAUGGCAAGUACUUAGUCAUUAGGGACAGGUCCAUAUCUCAGGAACCCAGGAAACUGCCUUACAGCGGCUCAGACCCAUUCAUCCACCUAGCUCACUAUUGUCUAUGCUUGUUGGCAGCAGUUCUCCAGGGUUUCAGUUUUUCCUAGCCCUACCUGGUGAUGCCAGAUAUUGAACAUGGGACCAUCUGCAUGGGUUCCACCAAUGAGCUGCAGCCCUCCCCUCUUCCAUUUCAUUUCCCCCUAAGCCCACUUUAAAACUACUCAUCAGCAUUCUUGGUAGAGUUAGAUAAGAUAGACAACCCUUGUGCAUAGAUGGCAAAUAGGUUUCUGUAGAAUUCAGGCAAAUGUCUUUUUCCCACCCUGUCAUGAGAUUCCAGGUGAGCUGGGACCCUGCACAUACAAGCAUUGCAAGCCAGAUUUCUUUUUAUUGACUUCAAAGUUAUUCUAAGGUCUGAUGUUCUUCAAGACGGGCCUGUCAAUUUUUCAAAGAAAAAAGUGUAAACAUUAAUCCAAAACUGGAAGUGGUGUUGGUUCACUGAAGAUGCAAUCUUUAACUGUUCUUCUAUAAGCUUACAUAUCAACUGAUGGUCAGUGCCAGUGUAAACUGAAUUUCAGAAUACAGCACUUCCAAAAGGGAAAUCUUUAACUCUUUAUAUGUUUAUUUUUAUCCGUCAUUUGGAGAAGGAAGAAAACAGGAGAACAAAUGACAUUUGCAAGGGGUUAUUGACCUUUCAAUUUCUCCUGUAGCUUGUAUAUAUGCACAGAGGGAAUUCAUAUUGUCUGGAACACGAAACAUGGUAUAUCCUCAAGUUGUCCAUUACAAAUCAUUGAUAUCAUGGCUGUUUUAGGAAUGAUGUGUGAUGGGAGGAGGGAGGCCAUUUUUGUGAUCAGUGGAAGUCAAAUAUCUGCCAGGUGCCAUGUGGCAUAUAUGCAUACUUAUAUGCCUGGGAUAUAUCCCAAAAUAUGUCAGGGAACUACUUUUUGUAAUAACUAAAAAGGUAAAAAAACAAACAAAAAAACAGUACUAUUGUGUUGUAACAUUACAGGUUUUUACCAUUUUGGAAAUUAGCUCCCUGUGUGAAUUCUUUUGCCUCUAGCUUAGCAGUUGGAUUUUUGCUCCAACUUCAGCCAUGCUGGCCUUUCAUGCAUGACAUUCUUCAAGCAAGGGCUGGAUAUUACUAAUUUCCUUUAAGAAAUCACUUGCAAAAUUUGCAGAAUUAUGUUCUAGAGAACUUGGUUCAGAUGGGUAGGUUUGUAUCUAAGUUGUUGGAGCACAAUAGGGUUGUCAGCUUUCCUUUGCUUAGGCCACAAUGCAGACCUCCCGCCACUGCUGCAUCUCCUGUGCUGUUGCACAUGGCCAGGGCAGAAGGUGAGCGUUAGUAAGAUCGCUGAAGCAGCCUGAAGUUGAUGCAGUGGCCAGGCCACCAUGCAGCUACAGUGUGACUUACCUUGGGAUCUAAUGAGCUUGGCUGGCUCAACCUUUUCCCCUCCCUGCCUCAUGAAUGCCCCACUUCAGAGCCUUCCAAGAGCAGGCUGCAAACCAAUAACACUUUCACCCCGCCACACAUUUAGUGAUGCCCUCACUGAUGGUGUGAUGCUUGCAGCACUCUGUGGGUGGUGGGAGGCCAAUAUAGCUAGGAGAGCUGGCCAGAGGGACACCUCCGUCCAAACCCACACCCACCAAAUGCAAGGUAGGGGUUAGAUUGCUCUGUUAACGUACUGCAGGCAUUCGUGAAGAUAGACCUACCCUAUCUUUUAAAUUAUUUCAAGUUGAUUUUUACUGUGUUGAGUUCCCGAAGAUAAGAAUAUAAGAUAUAUCCUCCUUAUGCGUUUUGUGCUAGUCCUACUCAGAGUAGAUCCAUUGAAGUUAAUAGAUAAAUUAACUUCUGUGUAUUAAUUUCAGUGGGUUUAUUCUGAGUAGAAUCUUGGAGCACAAGGCUGCUGUCAGGAGAAUUUCGGUACUUAUAUCAAUAUGUUGUUUUACAAUUCUUACAAACAAUUGCUAGUCACAUCUACUAAGCCGAAUUUGCUAUUCAUUUUUGUUUCAAAUUGAGAUUU